CUUUUCUUCUUCGUCUGUUUUGCAAUUGUUGUUUUCUUCAUCACUGUGGUUGUCGGUGGCUUGUGAAAUUUGUAUGCUGUGUGAAGGAGUAUUAGCUUUGAUGGUGAUAUGAGGUCUAAAUUUCAUGGAUUUUUUAAUUUUUAGGUGUCUUUUUUGGACUAAGCUGUUUUUUGCAGUGAAACAGAGGAAUAUGUGGUUGAACUUGAACAAAAAAAAACAUUUGAACAAAUGUGUCAAUCCAAAUAUAUACUGAUAUUGGGUGAAAAUGCAGCUUACUGUAUCCAUUUCAUUGUCAAAAUCUUAUCUUUGUGUCUCCAAGUCUUGGAAGAGGAAUUGAAUGGAUGUUUUUAGAUUAAUUUUGAGCUUUAAGCAGACAGCUAUACAAUGUAAGAUUAGUUUAAUGUUGAUGGUAUGGUUGAUGUCUUCUUAUUUUGAAGAUAAAUGGGUUUUAUCUUCUCAGUUUGCAUAUGGUUGUAUGCUUUAAUCCAACUUACUUUCAACUGUAACUAUUUCACACUUAAGUUCUUUGUGAUUAUGCAUAUAACUAACUUGCACUUGCUAGAAAUCAAGAAAGAUGUUGUCUUACUACCAAGAAAGACACAACCUUUUCUUACCAAGUAGUAGUGUUAUUGCUAGAAAUCAAGACAAAACGCGUUCUUACUAUCAACAUGAUACAAACUUGUUUCAUGCUUUACGUCUUGAUGCCCGACCUGUUUUCUAUUUUUUCGUCUACAAUGCUGCCCUGCUGCUAUUGUAUGCUUUGGUGAUGAUAGAUAUCUACACUGUAUUGUCAAGAAAUUGGCAAUUUCUUGCAGAUGUUGGGGUCAUAAUGCAGCUAUAUCAUCAUCCAUUAUCCUUGGACAGCCAAAAAGUGAGGCUUGUGUUGGAGGAGAAGAACAUCGAUUACACAUCAUUCCAUGUCAAUCCUAUCACGGGAAAGAAUUUCGAUUCUAGCUUCUUCAGGAAGAACCCCAAUGCGAAACUCCCCAUUUUCCAGAAUGGUUCACAUAUCUUGUUCGACACGAUUGAAAUCAUCCAGUACAUAGAAAGAAUUGCUAUGGUCUCUUGUGGUGGAGAAGAAUCCAGUCUGAGUAGUGGGGAGGUUGUGGAAUGGAUUUACAAGAUACAGCGAUGGAAUCCGAAGCUAUUCACCCUCUCCCACGUCCCACCUAAGUAUCAUCUCACGGUUUCUAAAUUCCUAAGGCGCAUGAUCAUCGCAAGGAUGGCAGAGUGCCCUGACCUUGCAAGUGCAUACCACCGUAAGCUGAAAGAGGCAUAUGAUACAGAGGACAAACUCAAAGACCCGGAAACCCUAAGACGGAGCAAGGAACAUCUCGAGAGAAUUCUUGAUGAGGCUGAUGAGAAACUAAGUGAUACAACGUAUUUGCUGGGUGAGGAAUUCACUCUUGCAGAUGUUGUAUUCAUCCCUGUUCUGAGUCGACUGGUGCUACUGAAUCUGGAAGAUAAAUACAUCGCUACGAGACCAAACCUCGCUGAGUACUGGAAUCUGGUGAAGAAGAGGCCUAGUUACAGAAAGGUGAUUGGCAAAAACUUUGAUGGAUGGAGAAGGCACUAUACACUGUUUAAGACCUGGUGCUUUGUGAGGAUCAGAAGCUUACUUAAACAUUAUUAGAGAAUUGCAUCGAUUUUUUUUUGCUAUAACUGUAAAAAGGAUUUAGAUGGAUCUCUUGUUGCACUACUAAAAGAAAAGGAGACUUUUAUUUACAUCAAUUGUUUGAAGACUAGUCACCAAUGUGCUAUUUGGAACAUAUGUUUUCUUUUA